CAAAUUUGUGCAUAGAAGUGUGAGAACUAAGAACCACAUAUGGCUGGUAGCAGUAGGAAUCCACUAGCUGUAGGGCGUGUAAUAGGGGAUGUAAUAGACUCAUUUGAAAAUUCCAUUCCUCUUCGAGUGACCUAUGGUAAUAGGGAUGUGAAUAAUGGUUGUGAGCUCAAACCUUCUCAAAUUGGAAAUCAACCGAGAGUGAGUGUUGGUGGAAACGAUCUCAGAAACCUCUACACCCUAGUUAUGGUGGAUCCUGAUUCACCUAGCCCAAGUAACCCCACUUUUAAGGAGUACCUUCACUGGUUGGUGACUGAUAUUCCAGGAACCACUGAAGUCACUUUCGGCAAUGAGGUUGUAAAUUAUGAAAGGCCACGACCCACUUCAGGGAUCCAUCGUUUCGUGUUUGUCUUAUUCCGUCAACAGUGUAGACAAAGGGUUUAUGCUCCAGGAUGGCGACAAAAUUUCAACACAAGAGAAUUUGCUGAACUCUACAAUCUUGGAUCACCUGUUGCUGCUGUCUUCUUCAAUUGUCAGAGGGAGAGUGGCUCUGGAGGAAGAACCUUUAGAUAAUUAUUAUAUGAACUAUAUGAAAUUAAAAUUAAAGUGGAAGCUUAGUGUUAGUUUGGUAUCACAAAGACUUUGACAAAAUCACCAUGAGUCAUAUUCAACAAAAUCAUUGUACCAUAGUGAUUUUGCCAAGACAUUGUAAUAUCAAACAUAUAUACUUAGUUAAGUUAGUUAUAUUUAUACACACACAUUAUACACUCACAUACACAAAUGUAAAAGUAGCAAAUACUAAGUAUAGAUAUGUGUGUCGUUUUUUUGUUGUUGUUGUUGAAGGAAUGUGUCACUUUAUGUUUGUGUAUGUAUAAUGUAUCAUAUAUUAUCAUCAAUAAAGAGCUGCCCACUACUCAUUGCUAA